UGAAAACAGCAGAUUUUUUUACUUAGCUGCACAUAUAUUAUUAUGAAUAUCUUGCUAAACGUUUCCCUGCACUGAUUAAAUGGUGAUUAAAUGUAAGCUAACCCUAGUCUGUAGCUAGAUAGCUUAUUUCACUAUGGACAUUAAGCCAACAGGUUAAUACCACUCACAGACUAUAGCCUAGCCACAUUUCUUGGUGAAAAACUGGGUUUCAGUUUGACACCCUUUCCUUCGUUCUCUCUCUUUUCUCUCUUUCCCUUUUCAAAAACCAGAUUUUGAUUUAACGUUACUAGGCAACAUUGUGGUCACUGUGAUUCUGGCGCAUCUACUGACUUCAACUAAACACCGUCGCUGAGAGCGUUAAGGCAGGACCAAACCAUUUUAUGCAGAUAUACGGGAUUGGUCGGUCAAUAUGGAUGUUUACUUUUUGGUCAAUGGGGAUUUUCAACUUUUACUGGCAAAAACAAAGAGAUCUUUAAUUUUAUUAUUAUAUAAAUAUAUAUACUGAAUGAUGAUGGUUUAAUAGUUAUAUCCUAUUUUUGGGGCCCCUGUCAGUCAUGGGCCCUUGGAAUUGUCCUAACUUUUCCCCCCUAUAUGGCGUCCGUGGUGUCAGAGGAGAACUGGUUCCCCCGGCUGGGCCUGGGUUCUCCCAACGUUUUUUUCUCCACUGGAGUUUCAGGUUCCUUGUCACUGUUUGCACACUGGCUUCACUUUACCCCACAUAGGAAUUGAUAGUCUGCAUAAUAUUUUACCUGUGUUUCUCUUCUUUUCUCUUCUGUCUCUAUCUGUGUGUGUGAUUGUGUGUGUGUGUUUGGUGUGGAUUAGUGUGUGUGUCAAUGCGUGUAUGAUAUUUAAAGUAUUGCUUAAAGUUAACAUGUUUUCAUGAACAGCUGCUUUGUAACAAUGAACAUUUUAAAAAGCGCAAUAUAAACAAAAGUUUUUGAGGAGAAGCUCACCGUUCUCAAUUGUGCAUUUAUGUUACAUUACAAACCCACAAUAAGUUCUGAAUUUGUCAUCCCGCAACCAACCAUCCCCCUUUUGAGGGGCAUAUGAAUAACAUUCAUUUCAUAUUUAUAUCACACAAACUCACGAAACAUACAUCAUAUAAAAACGCACUCUCAAAAAUAUCUAUUUCACCAUUCUAACAGAGUAACCUACCAGAAUAAUUGUCAAAUAUAGAGGGUUUUCUGUUAAAUGAGACCCUUUUUAUCACUUUGCUCUAAUGUGUGUUGGCAUGGCACUCUUUUAAACUCAGGUGUGCAUAAUUCUGUGAAAAAUGCAUAAUAUGCGCCAGGGCUGUAGAGAAUAAAAUGGUUGAACUGUAUUAUCUAAAAAUGCGGUUGUAUAUUAACUAGCGAAGGUAUAAAUCUAGCACAUUGGGAAAAUAAACUCAACACAGAUUUCAAUAUCAAGCUGAAGGACUGAGACUAAGUGCCAUUCAUCACUUCAUUCAGAGCACUUCACUUCUAGUUUAACUCGUUCAGUAGACUCCUCCUCCACUGUUGCAUGUCAAGACAUACAUAGUAUCAGGUCUGUGCUUCAUGAAACCAGCGAGUGUGAACACCUGUAAACUAUACAGCAGGUACCACCCUACGAGAUGUCAAACGCACAACAAAGGCAAGAAGGGCAGUACCUGCACAAAGACAUGUCUGCAGAUCUCCCCGUGGAGGACCUUUCCUGUCCCGUGUGCUGUGAAAUCUUCAAGGAUCCCGUCCUUUUGCCAUGCAGCCACAGUUUCUGCAAGAACUGCUUGGAGCGUUUUUGGGAAAGCGGCGUUUCUUGCAGCUGCCCCAUCUGCAGGAGGAGAGCAUCCAAAAAGAGCCCCCUCUCCAACCUGGCCCUUAAAAACCUGUGUGAGGCUUUUCUGCACGGGAAAGGCCAGACCCAUGCAUCUGGAUCCAACAGCUUGUGCUGGAGGCAUGGGGAAAAACUGAAGCUUUUCUGUUGGACAGAUCAGGAGCCCAUCUGCGUGGUGUGCCAAACCUCGAGAAUGCACAAAGGUCACGACUGCUCCCCCACAGAAGAGGCGGCCGCGGACUGCAAGGAUAAACUCUCUGCUGCCAUGAAAGCCCUGCAACAGAAGAUGGAGUUUUUCAGUAAAGCGGGACGUUGCUCAGCCUUGACUUUAGAGCACAUUAGGAAUCAGGCCAAGCGACUUGAGAGACAAAUGAAGGAUGAGUUUCGCAAGCUUCACCAGUUUCUUUAUGAGGAGGAAGAGCUCAGAUUAUCAGCCUUGAGGGAGGGAGAGGAGAGGAGGGUCGAGGCACUGAAGAACAUGGACAAUGAUAUUUCAAGAAGACUCUCAUCUCUUACAGACAUGAUCAGAACUAUGGAGCAAAACAUACAUACUGAAGAGUUCACAUUGUUGCAGAACUUCAAAGCCACCAUACAGGGAACAUGGAGUACAAUGCAGGAUCCAGAAGGCAUGUCUGGAUCUUUGCUGGAUGAGUCCAAGUUUCUCGGGAACCUAAAAUAUAAUGUCUGGGUGAAGAUGCAAACAGUUGCACCAUACAGUCCUGUUAUUCUGGACCCAAACACAGCACACCCGUGUCUGACGCUCUCUGAGGAUCUCACCAGUCUCCAGUACAGCACCCCUAUCCAAGGUCUCCCCAAUAACCCUGAACGUUUCCACAUCAGUGCGGAGGUGCUGGGCUGCAGUGCCUUCACCUCAGAGAACCACAGCUGGGAGACUGAGGUUGGGGAAAAUGAGGACUGGAUCUUGGGGCUGGCCAGUGAGCGUGUGAAGAGAGACAAAGAAGUGUGUGCAAGACCGGAGAAUGGCUUCUGGACCAUCUGUCUACGUGAUGGGCAGUACAGGGCUAUGACAUCACCCCCGACGGCUCUCACACUGGAGAAAAAACUGCAGAGGGUCCGAGUCCAGCUGAACCAAGAGAGAGGAGAAGUUAUCUUCUCCAACCCAGCUUGUGAAGAGAUUUUAUACACUUUCAAGCACGCUUUUACAGAAAAACUCCUACCGUACUUUUACACGCAGAGUAAACAUCCUUUAAGAAUCUUAGCUAAGCCUGUGUUGGCAUCUGUUACUGACGAAGCUUUGCAUUCUUAAAUGUAGUUUACUAAUCUUUUGACGGACAUCAAUUCUGUUUCUUUCCAAUCUGUGAGAUUUAUUGUGAAGAUAAUCUGGGGAAAAUGAUAACAAAAUUACAUUUAGGACAAGCACCUUUAUCAACAUUUAAUAGCAUAUGUUUUCAAAAUCUUGUUCAUGGUUGGCGAUGUUCAAAACGAUUCAAUUUAUUACAAAUUUAGGGAGUAGCGCCAAUCAUAUGCCAACAAGGUUUACAGUUUCAUGUUUGAGAAAAAAGAACUAUAUAUAAAACUAUAUAUGAAGAAGCAAAAAAUACUUGUAUAUGACAGAUUGAUCUCAAGAGAUCAGAUUAUAAAUUUAAUUACGCUGCUGAUAAAAAGAAACCCAAAAGAAACCAUCACAGAAAUGAAUGGUUUCCAUUAAAAAACAAAAACUAAUAUUCUCUUCUAAAACUGAAUAAAUAUUGACAAACUAUAUAACACAGGAAAGCUCUCGGACUCUAGUUUUAAAAUAUAAUGAAAGUCAGAUUGUUUUAUUUUGAUAUAAUGUUGACCUUGACCAUUAGGCGAUCCAUUUGUUAUGAGUGUUACAUAUAUAAAACACUAAUAUCCUAUUCAAAACAAACAAACAAAACAAUAUUGAUUAACUGUAUAUUGUAGGAAAACACUAAAAAUGUAGUUUCACAUUUCUUUGCCGCUUUGCAAUAGAUCAAAGACAGUGAUUUGUUUGGUUUGUGAUGUUGACCUUGAUCAUCAGGUUAUAAAUAUGAGUGUUACAUAUUCAAAACACAUAUUUUCUUUUCUAAUAAAGAAAAAAGUGCUGGGCAUCAGUCAAACAACCUUUACCCACCAAAGCCAAUGCACUAACCACUGGACCACUGGACCUACUGCAAGCAUCAAACUAUUUUUUUUUGACCAUAUGUUCAUUAAUGCAUACGUUUCAAAGGGGUAGAAUUCUGGCAAUAUGGCCAAAGUGAUCAUGCCCCAAUAUUACCACCAUCAAAUAUUAUCCUGUCAUUUCUAACAUGUGAUGUGUGUCCCCCUGAAAUUUUUACCUGUCUAUGCCAUUAUAAGUAACUGCUUCAUGAGACACAUUGUUGCUUGUGUGAACGCCACCAAAUAAUUAUCAAUUAUCUGUAUGUGUGCAUUUAUGCAUAAGUUUGAAGAGAGUAGAAUCAUGGCAAGCGGGCAAAGCAUAUUCUACCCCAAUAUUACCCCCUUGACAUAUUAUGCUGUCAUGUGUAACACGUAGUCUGUGUGGGCCUGAAAUAUAACACUUUCUAUGAUUUUA